AUGCCUCUCCCUCUACCUGCGUCACUUUAACUUUAGACUUCCACUGCAGCUCCUGCUCGACGCUGACCUCAUCCUCGCUCUAGCAAAGCAAAACAUCAGCGCAGAAGCCUUGCCUCUGAGAUUGGCAGAUGCGCUUCAAGUUCACGCUGUAGCUGCAUUGGGCAGCAAAGCUCGAGUCAAGGCCAAGUUGUCGCAGCAGCAGCAGUCGCAAGUAAAGUUGCUGAUCAGUCAGUGCUGCAUCGAGCAGCUGUACAAGCUGGACAAGCAUGAAGCAGCGCACAGAACAGCCGUCGACUUGGCAAAGAGCUGCGAGAGGAGACUGUGCGGUCACAAAGAGGUGCAUCUCAGCAGCCAAGAUUGCAUCCAAUCUUGCAUCGGUCAGUCUCUGUUGCGCGCACGUGCUCUCUCUCUUUUGCUCAUCGCCCUCUCACGCUCGCAUCGACAACAGGUGCGAGGAACAAACAUCGUUAUGUGCUCUGCUCCAACGACUUUGCUCUGAGACAAUACGUCAGGCAGCACAUAGCAGGCGUGCCAUGCUUGCACACAAACCCCACCGGCGUGCUCGUCAUGGAGCCCUUAAGCACGCUUACCAUGCACAGCGUUCGUCAAGUGAGUCUGCUCAUGCGCGUCGCGUCGUCUUGUCAUUCUUUCCACUUUUUCGCCUUCAAUCGAGCUCAUCACCUUCAUCCCGCGCGCCUCAGCUCGAAGCGCGCAAACUGUCUACAGACGCGCACGAAGCUUCUUUGCUAGGCGCAGCGGCCCAAUCCCAUUCCGGCACAUCCUCACCUCACAUCAUUGCCUCAUCUGACAUGCACCAGCGUGGUGCUUCGGGUGCGCAUGCGGGUGCGAGCGGCAGCGGUAGCAGCAGUGGGCCAUCAUCCAAUGCCAACCUCUCGCUCUCAGCCUCAUCCGACAAGAAGCGCAAAAAGGCAAAAGAACCGAAUCCUUUGAGCGUCAAGAAGAGAAAGGUGCGCUUGAUCGAUGGCCAUGGCGGUGGCCAUGGCGAUGGGCCGAAGAGAUUAGCAGCGCAUGCUUCCACCAGUCAGAAGGACUCGUCGAGCAAGGCGGCGGCGGAUGCGGAUGCGGAUGCAGAUGCGAAGCAGAUGCAGAGUCUCGCCUCGGCAAGGUCUGGAGCUGCUAGGAGAAAGAGGAGAAAGAGGGGCGCUGGAGGUGCAAUGA